AUGGCUAGUAUCGAUAUGCACUGCCUCCAAUUGCACAAUGGACGAAUUACUAUGUCAUUUAUGGGUCAAAAACCUCCAUUGCCUCCAAUAUAUAUGCCUGAGAAUACACCGACAAAACUUGCAGAGCCCGUCGGGAAAUAUCCUAGACUCAAUAUAGUCAUUCAGGUAGUUGGAAGUCGAGGUGAUGUUCAACCUUUCAUAGCAUUAGGGAAUGAACUUCAACUCUCCGGCCAUAGAGUACGUAUUGCAACUCACGAUGUAUUUGAGAAGUUUGUGCGAGACUCCGGACUAGAAUUCUAUGCCAUCGGUGGCGACCCUACAGAAUUAAUGGCCUACAUGGUUAAAAACCCCGGGAUAUUCCCCAAAUUCAGCACCCUACGCAGUGGAGAGAUCUCCAAGAAGAGAAAAAUGAUAUCCAGAAUGCUCGAAGGUUGUUGGGAGUCCUGUAUCCAACCGGAUUCCCAGACUGGCGAACCAUUUUUCGCUCAAGCUAUCAUUGCAAAUCCACCUAGUUUUGCUCAUAUUCAUUGCGCGCAGGCUUUAGGAAUACCAGUACAUCUAAUGUUUACGAUGCCAUGGACGGCGACGAGAUCGUUUCCUCAUCCGCUAGCAAAUAUUCAAUCCACGGAAACAGAUCAUAAAACUGCGAAUUUUUUGUCUUACGGUUUGGUAGAUGCGAUGACUUGGCAAGGCCUUGGAGAUGUAAUUAAUCACUGGAGAAAGAAAUCCUUAGAUCUUGAGCCGGUGCCCGUUAUGGCUGGUCCUCAUUUAGCAGCUUCUCUAAAUAUUCCCUUUACAUAUUGUUGGUCGCCAGCACUUGUACCCAAACCUCAAGAUUGGCCUUCACACAUAGAUGUUUGUGGAUUUUUCUUCCGUCCUUCACCAUCCUACAAUCCCGAUCCUAGGAUUUUAGGAUUUCUGGAAGCCGGCCCCAAACCUAUCUAUAUUGGAUUUGGUAGCAUCGUGAUGGAAAAUCCUGAAAAGAUGACUGCGAUGAUUCUGGACGCCGUUCGUGAUUGUGGCAUUAGAGCAAUUGUAUCGAAAGGUUGGAGUAAACUUGGACAGGGCAUUGAGGAUGAGAAUAUUUUAUUCAUUGACGAUUGUCCUCACGAAUGGCUAUUUAAACAAGUCUCAGCGGUUAUUCAUCAUGGUGGUGCAGGAACAACAGCAUGUGGACUACUAAAUGGUCGUCCGACUACCAUCGUCCCAUUUUUCGGAGACCAACCAUUCUGGGGAAACAUGGUCGCAGCAGCCGGAGCUGGUCCUCCACCCAUUGAUCAUCAAUCACUCACCGUAACCAUUCUCUCCAACUCCAUCAGAUUUCUCCUAUCACCCGAUGCCGUCGUAGCAGCACACGAACUUGCGGUAAAAAUCCGACAAGAGAACGGAGUCAAAGAAGCCGUCAAUUCAUUCCAUCGAAACCUUCCACUCAAAACAAUAAGCUGCGAGCUUCUAACCAAAGAACCCGCAACCUGGUUCUGGAAAAAAGGCAAAAAGAAUCUGAAAUUAUCCCAUCAAGCCGCCGCCGUCCUCGUGGAGAAGGAAAAAAUCAACACGAGUAAUCUCUCCAUCUACAAACCCCAACCCAUUGUCAUUAAAAACCGACGCUGGGACCCCUGGACCGCCACCACUUCCGCCGCUGUCGACAGCGCCGUUGACAUAUCCCUCGCCAUAGGUCAAAUCGGCACAAAAUACCGAAAAGAAUACCAAGGCGCACUCACGAAGAAACGAGACAACGGAACGACAUCAUCACGUACCGCCUUACAAGCAGGGAGUAUAGCACUUGGAAAAGGGUUCCAAAAUCUCGGAAUGGCAAUAACCAAAUCAGCGAUUGAGCUUCCGCUAGCGGUGGCAGAUGGGUGUCAUGAGAUUCCAGGACUUUAUGGAGAUAAACCGAGAGAUUAUGGUGAUGUGACGGAUUGGAAGAGUGGAGGAUUAGUAGGAAUGAAGAGUUUUGGAUAUGGAAUAGCAGAUGGAUUUGCAGGAUUAUUUACACAACCCGUUAAGGGCGCCAUGAAAGAUGGCGGAAAGGGAUUCGUAAAGGGAGUUGGAAAAGGCACGGUUGGAUUUUUAACGAAACCGUUUUCUGGUAUUUUUGGAUUCGUUUCAUAUCCAGCGUUAGGAUUGUAUAAGACUUUGAGUACGUCUACUCAUCACGGAACACAGGGGAGAAUAUUAUCGGCGCAAACGGAUUAUGGCGUGUUUUUGGCUAUGACACGAGAGAUACCAGAACAUGUGGUGGAGAAAAUUGUGAAAGAUUUUGAUUGGAUUGUUGACGGGAUUUAA